AUGCAAUCAAUACCGCGCGCGCUUCUGUUCGCUGUUCCGAGUGUCGCAACACUUGUGAAACCCCCUCACGACUUGCUGAUACGGGCCUGUGAUGCCCUUGCUGGCCCUCCGAUCUUCGUCAAGUCCCGAUCGAUGCCAAGGAUGCUGCACCUCGCCCGACAGCCACCGCAGUGCCUCCACCUCGUAACCGCGGCCACGCUUGCUCAUUGCCGAGCCUCUCAGCUUGCUUCAACCGCCCGUAUGGCCAAGUACUCCGCGAUUGAUUGA